AUGGCUCCAUGUUUUGAUAAUCAAAGCUCCCUUUUUAAUUUUGUUGUCCGAGAUGGCAACGGCGUCAAAGGGACAGUGGAUUCUAGCAUUUCAAAGGUACCCUGGGCUUACAUUCAGCCACCAGCCGAGCAAAUUAAUAAGAACAAUGCCACCAAAUGUGAGAUUCUACCCAUUGAUUUGUUGAGCCUUGAUGGUCCUGACCAUGAUGAAGUGGUGAAUCAAAUUGUUAGAGCUGCUGAGACUCUUGGGUUCUUCCAAGUUAUCAACCGUGGAGUUCCUGAAGACGUUGACAUGGAAAAGAAGGGAGAGUGGGUAGAGAUUCCCCCUGUUCCCGGAGCCUUAGUCAUCAAUGUCGGUGAUAUGUUACAGAUAUGGAGUAAUGGAAGAUACAAAAGUGCAGAAUAUAGGGUCCGCACCACAAGCACAAAAUCUCGAGUGUCAAUACCAAUAUUUGUAAGUCCACAAGGAACACAAAAGAUCGCACCAUUGCCUCAAGUAGUGGAGAAAGAUGGAGUGGCUCGUUACAGAGAAUUAGUGUUUUCAGAUUACAUGAACUGCUUCUUUGGGAAUGCUCAUGACGGAAAGAAAUCCCUUGGGUUUGCUAAAACCAACUGA